UAUAUAUAUAUAUAAAUAUAUUGCAGGGUCCUCAGAAACUCACUGGUUGUGAUUUUGGAGCUCAAUUAGCUGCUUCUGUCUUCUUCUUCUUCGUGUUCUUCUUCUUUUCUCUCUAUCUUGCCACAAUGGAGAUGUUUUACUACCUGGUUUUUGGAGGGUUAGGGGCUGUUGUGGCAGCAUUGGAGCUGAGCAAAAACAACAAAGACCGAAUCAAUACCUCACCAGCUUUCAGUUCCUUCAAGAACAAUUACCUUCUCGUUUACUCUCUUAUGAUGGCGGGGGACUGGUUGCAGGGUCCUUAUGUUUACUAUCUCUACAGUACGUAUGGCUAUGGUAAGGGUGAGAUUGGGCAGCUCUUUAUUGCUGGUUUUGGCUCCUCCAUGUUGUUUGGUACAAUUGUUGGAUCCCUGGCUGAUAAACAGGGUCGGAAGAGGGCAUGUGUAACUUACUGUAUAACUUACAUACUAAGCUGUAUCACCAAACAUUCUCCUCAAUAUAAAAUUUUGAUGUUGGGACGUGUUUUGGGAGGUAUUGCCACGUCUCUUCUGUUUUCGGCAUUUGAAUCCUGGCUUGUUGCAGAACACAACAAGAGGGGUUUUGAACAACAAUGGUUAUCAAUAACAUUCUCGAAGGCAAUAUUUCUUGGCAAUGGCCUUGUUGCUAUUGUCUCUGGUUUGUUUGGAAACCUACUUGUUGAUUCACUGGCUCUUGGGCCUGUGGCACCCUUUGAUGCUGCUGCGUGCUUUCUUGCAAUUGGCAUGGCUAUCAUUUUAUCAUCGUGGUCAGAGAACUAUGGGGAUCCUUCAGAGAGCAAGGACUUGCUUACUCAAUUCAGGGGUGCUGCUGUGGCCAUCGCUUCUGAUGAAAAAAUUGCACUUCUGGGCGCAAUACAGUCUCUGUUUGAAGGUUCUAUGUAUACCUUUGUGUUUCUCUGGACUCCUGCUUUAAGCCCAAAUGAUGAGGACAUUCCACAUGGUUUUAUCUUCGCAACAUUCAUGUUGGCUUCAAUGUUGGGAAGCUCCCUGGCAUCUCGGUUGAUGGCUCGCUCAUCGCCUAGAGUGGAGAGCUACAUGCAGAUUGUUUUUGCCAUCUCCUCUGCUUCUCUCCUGCUUCCCAUUUUGGCAAAUUUCUUGAUAGCACCUUCCAACGUCAAAGGUGGGAGCAUCUCAUUUUCAGGUUGUUUCCAGCUUCUUGGCUUCUGUACCUUUGAGGCUUGUGUUGGAAUAUUCUGGCCAUCCAUCAUGAAGAUGAGGUCCCAAUACAUUCCUGAGGAGGCCAGGAGUACCAUUAUGAACUUCUUCCGUAUUCCUCUGAAUAUAUUUGUCUGCAUUGUGCUCUACAAUGUUAAUGCGUUCCCAAUCACUGUAAUGUUUGGUAUGUGCUCGAUUUUCCUCUUGGUGGCAUGUUUCUUACAGAGGCGGCUCCUGGGGCUUGCAGACAAGCCAAAGAUAGAAGAUUGGGCAAUGAAGGAAAGGGACUCCGAGGCAGAGCCAUUGAAUGUCUAGUUUAAGCUCUAGCCGACAGACCACCAGAUUCUUUUAGAGGUUGAAAACCAUCUGAUUCAUACUAUAUACUGCUGCAAUUCCUGUAUUUGAAGAAGUGUUCAUUUAACAGUGAAGACAAUGUAUAAGAAAAUAGUGGUCUGCCCAGCAAAGAAAUGGGAGAGGAAGAAGAAGGAUCACUUGAAAGUUCGGGAAAAAUUAAAAAAAAAUAAAAAAAUAAAAAAAAGAAGAAGAAAUUUUUGGCUGUCAAAUUAAUCAGUCCUAUAGUGCAUUAGUUUCAGCAAUUAAAGUCGGGAAAGAAGAAUCUGCUCUUGUACGUGGCCAGUGUUAUUAUUCUUUUCUACAACAUCUAUAGCUUACAUUUUUAUUCAUUAAGAUCCAACUCAAAACUGAAGCAAUGAUUAGCUUAAAGCAUUUUGUUUAUGGUUUUUAGUUUUUUACUUUUACCUUGUGCAACAAGCAAUUUGGAAAGUUUGUAUCUUUAUUGAUGCUGCAGAUGCAUACUUCUAAUUUUACUAUUUUUAUCCUUA